GACAUGGCGGAAACGAACAACUUUGCUCCCUUCUUCGCCGUGAUGGGUUCCGCAGCGGCCAUGGUUUUCACCUCUCUUGGUGCAGCUUAUGGCACAGCGAAAAGUAGCACUGGUAUCGCAGCCAUGUCAGUCAUGCGACCCGAGCUGAUCAUGAAGUCAAUCAUUCCCGUCGUCAUGGCUGGGAUCAUAGCUAUCUAUGGCCUGGUGGUGGCUGUCCUCAUAGCCAACACUCUGUCGCCGACCAUCACCCUGUUCAAGAGCUUCCUUCACAUGGGAGCAGGCUUCAGCGUGGGCUUAAGUGGGAUGGCAGCCGGCUUUGCUAUUGGCAUCGUAGGUGACGCUGGUGUUCGAGGGAUAGCGCAGCAGCCCCGAUUAUUCGUGGGGAUGAUCCUGAUCCUCAUCUUUGCCGAAGUGCUUGGCCUCUACGGCCUCAUUGUGGCCCUUAUUCUCUCUACAAAGUAG